GGUCCAGGUGGUCCAGGCUGCGUAAAAACGCACCAAACGCACGCCAAAGUCUUACGAAACCAAAUCGUGUAGCGUCAUCCAGCUCCUGGCACCUUUAUGAAUGAGCUGUUUUUCAGAGAGAAGAGGGGGAAAAAACUUGUGGAUUUGCUGCUGGAGGAAAAAAUAAACAAAAGGAGUUGAACGCGCUCGGCUGGUGCGUCGCUGCGAUCUCUCCAGAAGGCGAACAGUUGGACUUCAGCUUCUUUUUCUUUUCUUUUCUUUUUUCAAAUUAAAGAGCCUAAAUAGACAGCUUUGCUUUUCAGAAGAGUGUCUGUUUCAGCGACAAGUGGAGAUAUGUUUAAGAAAACCAAGAGCAAAGUGCUGGUGGAUUAUGCGUCAGAGGAGGACGACAUGUCCUGGCACUAUCAUCACUCCUACAAGGACAAAGACAUAGAAGGAGAGGAAGAGGACGAGGAAGCCGUCACCGCAGCGUCCAAGGAGGCCAAGGUGAAGAAGAUCAUGUCCAAGAAGGAGAGGAGGGAGAAGAAGAUGUUCUCCUCCAAAGAUGACGAACAUUUCUUGUUGACCGGAGUCAAGCUGGCUGAUCGCAGAGGGUCUCACAAGAAAAUCAAGGACGAUGAGAAGGAGAAGGAGAAGAAGGACAAGCCAGAGAAGGGCCACUGUUUCUGGGAGAGCGUCACCAUGACGAUGAGGCAAAUCUCACCUGCCAAAAAACUGGAGAAGAUGGAGGGCUGGGAGCCGCCACACUUGGAGAACUUAAACGAGACUGUGACCGAUGAACCGGCGGUGCAGAAGAACCAGAGAGGAGAGUUGGCGGUGUCCCUCCCUGACUCCCUAAGCGUCCCGUUGGAACUGGCCUCGUGGGGAGGCCGGGGCCUGGAGGAGGACUCCUCCCGCUACGCUAACCUGUCAGACUCCAAGGAUUCCACGGCUGCCGUCAGGUGGACGGCCCGGGCCAAAGUCAAGCUGGCCGGCUUCAGCAGGAUGAGCAGAGGGAUCGUGUCGGAGGGCGUGUGGGAGGGAUUCAAAUAGUAGUCGACUCUCCUCGUCCAUGAAGAUCUGAACCAAAUACCUGCUUGUUCCGUCGUCGAAUGUUAAAGUCGACACGGUGUUGAGAAGCUGUAGUGAAACCCUGAAUAUACCACAUGAAGUUUUUUUGUUUUUUUUAGCUUUGAUGCCAAUUUUUAUGAAUGAACUUUUGAUUCACUGGCGUAAAUCUCAACAAAUGAAAGCCUUAAACUACUGUACCAUUUUAACUGUGAUAUCCACUGGCCUGGCAUUUAGAUAUUUGAUAUUGCCAAGAAAUAAGAAGUUUGAUUCUCGUGUAAUUUUUGUGGCGCUCAAAGUGAAACGAUGAAGAACAUGCAAACCUGCUACUGAAGACUGUUCCUGUUGGUUUUUCCCUUCUUUUCUGUCUAUGCAGUUACAGCAUCUGAGCGAGGAAUGUCUGAAGCCUUUAAUUUAUAUGUCAAUUAUGGGCUGUGCAAUCAGGAAACACCUUUGGGAUGUGGAAAACCAGCGUGUGUGUUCAUAUGUUAGUGUGUGUGUGACAGAAAAAGAUUGGUCGAACCACAGCUGGCUUUGCAGAGGAGAUGUCCAGUUCUCCUGUUAUAGUGGGAGUAUUGGGGCUCAUGCUGUGCUCAUGUCAUGCGGAGUUAUAAUCGAAAUUGUGACUUGCAAACUGCUUUCGACAUCCAAAACGUACAGUAAUUAAAAUGUGGCACUUAAUAAUAGAGAAGUGCUUGAAAAUCUGAAUAAAUAUGGAUACAUCACAAGAGAAAAUGAUCUUCUUCGAUGUGAUUAAACACAAAUUCAAUGGAUGUAUUGUGAAUGCAUAGUAUUCCAAUCCUGAAAAAUGAACUCUGUAAUUAAGUAAUCAUCUUCUCUAUCUCAGAUAACAUCAACACGGCAAAAUGAAUGCAAAAUAAUUAUUAUUGUCUGAAUCUGAUGCUGAAUAAAAGCCAAACUUUGUAUGUGGAGACGGUUUCCUGCUCCAAGCACCGAUGAAGUGCCUUGUAUCAAUAAAAUGACAUCAUGUGUUUUACACCGACAAAUCAGAGAAAAGAUGGUUUUACCUUAGCUGACAUGUUUCAACUGCAGCUGCAGUCUUCUUCAGAGCGUCAUCUGACGUGUGAUGACGUGUCCUUUUUAUCAGGUGACCGGUCUGACAGAUCUGUCAGAAUCUGUCAGAUAGGCCACGCCCCCCGCCGUCCGGUGGUUUCUGGAGGAUGGAGUCCCAGGUAUUAGAGGGUGUAGGUCCCCUCGUCCUGCUAAGCAGGCGAGCUGCUCCAUGAACCGGGACGAGGAGCUACACCCUCUAAUACCUGGGACUCCAUCCUCCAGAGACCACCGGACGGCAGGGGGCGUGGCCUAUCUGACAGAUUCUGGCUGGUCACCUGAUAAAAAAGGACACGUCAGCACACGUCAGAUGACGCUCUGAAGAAGACUGCAUUUGCAGUUGAAACAUGUCAGCUAACGUAAAACCAUCUUAUCUUUGAUUUGUCGGUGUAAAAGAAAUAACGUUGUCCUAUGAUAGUCAACGACAAAAUGAACAUCAUCCAAAUACAUCAUGUGUUUGCUGUAAAUUCGACCUAGACUGACUACAAAUCUGUCCACUUCUGGUGCAGGUAGUGGGUCUACCCAGCAUGCACCUGUGCUGCACCGGCUUCCUGGUUUCCAGUUACAAACCAGCAUCUCAGGAUGACGUUAAUGUCACCAGCAGGAGCGGAAGUGUUGUUUUUGUGUGUACAUAUCUUGUAUAUUAGACAGAACUGAGUCAGUGGAGAGUGAUUUCGUUCCUACAAUGAUUUAUUUUUUAGGUGAAUAAGAAAUUUUAAACACACCGCUGGUCAUCUUUCUUCUUUAUAAUCCGUUUAGUGAAUUUGUUUGAUACUGAAGUCAGAGGUGAACACAGAUGCAGCUCCACUGCCAAGGAAGGACGCCUGUAUUUAUUCACCGAAACUCUGACUCACAUUUUCUCAAGAAGAAUAAAGAUCUUGUCUGACA